UGACUCGGCUCGGGCGUCCCCACUCCGGGGCCCCAGUGGCCCCUCGACCACCCCCUGCCGCCCCCGCGGUGGGGUGGGCCCCGCCCGGCUUUGCACCUCACCCUCCAGCAAUACGAGGAGAUGGUCGCGAAAGCCGAGGCGCUGUUGAGCCGUCUCGUCGUCUCAGAGAACUACGACUCCGUCAACAAUUUCCUCAGUCUGUAUGAUUCGUACAUGGCAGCUCCGGACGAGGACCUGAAGACGUUCUUCCCUAAAUACAACCCGCCGAUCCGCGCCCACAAGCACACCUGUGUGGGCCUGGCCAUGGAAGUGAUGAAGCGUCUUAAAGUCCUGGAGCAGGAUUACCCCGGCAUCACCAAAGCAAUGAUGCUGGUGUCCUGUGAUGAGAAUAUUGGAGAUCUGAUGGAUUAUACAACGUCGUUCCCAGGCCCUCAGGGUUUCUUGAUCGAGACAGAGAAGGAUCACGUCAUGCUGGCGAUUCACGUGAGAGUCGGAGGUCGAGCUGGUGUUUUCUUGUCAGAUUUGGGCUAUCACAUCUCCCGAGUCGUCACGGUGAUGGCUGACCGCUGUUACCCGCAUACGGGUUGGUUCACCCAAUCCGACGAGCCGCAUUGCCGCAAGGAGUACAACUACCAGUUCAACCCUCAGAACAGCAACUAUGUGGAGUGGCACGAGCGAGAGACCAGAGGCAAGACCGUGAAGGAACGGUUGUCGCUGGUCUACGUGGCCAAGGCCUACCUCACGGCCGUCAGCGUCACGGAGAAAAGGAAUUUGAUCUGGGACUUGAGGAGUCUUCUGGCAAGGGACCCCAAGGGCCACCUGCAGGCCGGUAUCUACUUCUACAUCAAACCGAAGGACCAGCAGUUCACCAUGUUCUUCAACAGCAACAGCGGAAAGCAGAGGAAGAAGCUCAAGUUUGAAACCUUCUUGGAGCUUCAGAAGAUUCCCGACGAAGUAGUAGACGAAGUGGAACAGUGCAACGACCAACUGCACUUAAGGGAUGGUGAGCUUCUGUCAAUCUUGAACCGGCUGGCGAACAUCAUGGCCGACCAGGAGUACGUCGCAGAACACCUGGAGAUCAACGAGAAAGUCAUCCAGCUUUCAGCGGCCGCCUAAACUGGCCGAAAACAACGCUUGUAGAUUAAAAACUUAAAGCACGCAUCCUUCUUGUUAUAUAUUUUUUUAAUCUUUUUUAUUUUUUCAUAAUAUGACCAGUGUUUUGUAACUUCUUCUUGUUUCUCGUAUUUGUUCGUAGCCAGUGUUAUAAUUUGAAAAACUUAUCAUGUAUUUUUAUUAGCGAAGAGUUUAGAUGUAUUUAUGUUCCCAUGAACAUUUAAAACAAAAUUGAGGUAAUUUAAAGAGUUUAGUUAGAUAGCUAUCUAGAUGUUUUGUAUUAAACUAGUACACAUUUAGAACAUCCUUUAAUCGUCAAAAAAUACUUGUAGAGCUAGGUAUUUUUCGUAGCACGCAUUGUAUAACUCUGUACCAUUAAGGUUAUUAUAGUAUUGUCAGCUAAGUAAAAUGUACAUCUUAGGGAAAUAUUUUUGUUAUGAUCUUAUUUUUUUGGUAUAUUAUUUUGUUUUAUGACUACUUUUGAGUAAGUUUUGAUUGAAUAUUAUGUAUUUCUUUCUUAUGCAUGCUAGUUUGCUUAGAAUCACGUUGACGUAGACUUGUAGGCGAAGUAGUUUGUAGAAAGGCUCUGAGAUUCGAUUCGAGAAACGGCUCAACGGGGAAAUAAAUAAAAUUAAAAAAUUA